AUGAAAUUCACCAUCCCCAGUAUUGCAACUUUGCACACUUCAACAUUUGCUCAAGGGUUCAACAAUAACAAAUGUCAAGCAGCCACUAGGGCUUUACUGAGGCAUGAUGUCCACAUCAAUGGGACACAUUAUCAGGCUAGACAGCCUGGUGGCCUUCACCCAUUGUACUUUAGCCUUAGCGGCACUACUAAACGAACUGGUGAGAGAUCUCUUACCCACAAGGAACUGCUUGAGGCAUUGCUGCAAGAUGUCUUUGACGCAGCAAGUCAUCUAAACCGCCUUGAUGGCAGAAUUUCAAUCCUCAUUCGAUGCGCUGGGUCUGAAGUUGUCACUUCACCUGAAAAUCUCCCCAUUGACCUCUACAUCACACCUCACAAACUACAAGAAACUCCUGAGUGA